AUGGAGGAAUUAUCGAGGACUGAAUUUGCAAGAUUGAAUCAAACGGAAAAAGAAGCUUAUUUGAACGCGAUAUUAGGAGACGAUGAUGACGAGUCAGACGAAGUCGCGUCUGACAGCGAUGGCGACUGGUUACCAAAUGAAAUUUUGCCUGAGCGUGAGGCUCUUGAUAGCGAUGAAUCUGGUGUAGAUAAUCAAGAAAUAGCAGUUGCUCAAGAAAUUGAUGCACCUUCCGAAGAAGAUUACGAAGAAGAGGAAGAGGAAGGAGAAAGUGAAAGUGAGAGAGAGGAUCAAGCAGCAAUAGGGGAAACACUCUGCGCUUACAUAGCGAAAGAUAAAACGGUAUGGAAUAAAACGCCGCUUCAUAAACAUCAAACUGCAUCUCAUAAUGUAGUGCGUCAGCAAAGUGGUCCUCAUCGAAGUACCGCAACACUUUCAAUAAGCGACACUUUCAAGAAAAUAUUCACAGUAGAAAUGGUAGAUAUUAUCGUUCGACAUACAAAUAAAAAGGCUUUGUCAGUCUACGCAGCAUUCAAUGCAGCGCAUCCAGAUUCGAAGCNAGAAUGGAAGCAUGUUACUGUACAAGAAAUGUACUCAUUCAUGGCCAUUUUGAUUUGCUCUGGUGUUAAUAAUUCUAACAUCGAUCAUACAAGUGUUAUGUGGCAUUCAAAUUCAUAUCCACUCUAUCGAGCGACAAUGGGGCUCAAUAGGUUUCGAAACAUCAUGCGGUUUAUUAGAUUUGACGACGCCAAUACACGCCAGCAACGCGCAAAAGAAGACAAAGCAGCUCCGAUCCGUGAUCUCUGGACAAUGCUCAACGCAAAUUUAUCUAUGAUGUACAAGCCGACGGAGAAUUUAACGAUCGAUGAACAACUUUAUCCUUUUCGCGGUCGCACAAGGUUUACGCAGUACAUACCUUCAAAACCGGCCAAAUAUGGAAUCAAGAUUUGGUGGGCUUGCGACGCUGAAAAUGCCUAUCCCUUGCACNGCAUCAUUUACACAGGCAAAACAGGUAAUGUUCGAGAAAAACAUCAAGGAGAAAGAAUAGUAAAAGAACAUGUAGCCGCGUACCGAGGCAGUGGUAGAAAUAUUACCACGGAUAAUUAUUUUACAACCUUACCACUUGCCAAACAUUUACUUUCAUGGAAGUUAACUUUAGUUGGCACUUUGAAGAAAAAUAAACCUUACAUUCCAAGUGNGAUGGCUCCAAAUAAAUCGAGAGAANUAUNCUCUACUAUGUUUGGAUUCCACGAAAAAGUAACGCUGUGUUCCUACGUACCGNAGAAGAAUAAAGCAGUUAUUCUAAUAUCAACGAUGCAUUCCGACAUGGCUGUGAGCGAUGAUGCUAAGAAGAAGCCCCAUAUUAUCACAUAUUACAAUAAAUAUAAAGCUGGCGUCGACACGAUGGACCAAAUGAUUAGUAGAUACACUACACAACGUCGCACUUUNAGAUGGCCGGUAGUUAUGUUUUUCAACAUAUUAGACGUUGCCUCACUCGCUGCCUACCUCAUUUAUUAUGAAAAUAAUAAGAUGCUGCCNAAAAAAACCAACCAGCGACGGUUAUUUUUACGCCAAUUGAGCGAAGAACUUGCAACGCCAAUGAUUGAGGAUCGAUAUAAUAACGUGCAAAUAAUGAGAAACCAUAGCACCAAGAUCGCUAUUGAGAGUGUAAUCGGUCGGCCAGUAAAUCCAGUGGAGGCCGAUCCAG